CCGAGGAGUAGUAAACAUGGCGGCGGGGGCGCUGCGCGCUCCUCCGGGGUGAAGCUCGCGGCGGUCCCUGCUCCUCAGUGCGGCGGCGGCGAUGUCGGAGCCGGGGCACCUGGGGGUGAAGCGGGCCGAGUCGGCGCGGCUGCGGCGGGCCGAGCAGCUGCGGCGCUGGAAGGGCUCGCUGACCGAGCUGGAGCCGCUGGCGCCGGUGGGCGCCCGGGGCCGGCACCGCGGCGGGGGGGCGCCCCGCGUCCGCUUCGAAGAGGGCGCCGUGUUCCUGGCCGCCUGCUCCAGCGGGGACGCCGAGGAGGUGAAGCGCCUGCUGGCCCGCGGUGCCCGCAUCAACACGGCCAACGUGGACGGGCUGACAGCGCUGCACCAGGCCUGUAUAGACGAGAACCUGGACAUGGUGAAGUUCCUGGUAGAAAAUGGAGCCAGUGUAAACCAGCAGGAUAAUGAGGGCUGGACCCCCCUUCACGCUGUGGCAUCCUGUGGCUAUCUGAAUAUAGCAGAAUACUUGCUCAGGCAUGGAGCCAACGUGGCUGCUGUGAACAGUGAAGGUGAAGUCCCAUCUGACCUUGCAGAGGAAGCAGCCAUGAAGGACCUGCUUCUGGAACAAGUAAAGAAACAAGGGGUGGACCUGGACUUGGCAAGGAAAGAGGAAGAGCAACAGAUGCUACAGGAUGCACGGCAGUGGCUAAACUGUGGGAAGCUUGAGGAUAUAAAGCAACCUCGAUCAGGUGCUACUGCUCUGCAUGUAGCUGCAGCCAAGGGCUACUCUGAAGUCAUGAGGCUCUUGAUCCAAGCUGGGUUUAAUUUGAAUGUCCAGGAUAAUGAUGGCUGGACUCCACUUCAUGCUGCUGCACACUGGGGAGUGAAAGAAGCUUGCACUAUCUUGGCUGAGGCGCUCUGUGACAUGGACAUCAGGAACAAGCUGGGUCAGACACCAUUUGAUGUGGCUGAUGAGGGACUGGUUGAGCAUUUGGAGAUGCUGCAGAAAAAACAGAAUGUGCUGCGCAGUGAGAAGGAGACAAGAAACAAGCUAAUUGAAGCUGACAUGAAUGGCAAACUGCAAAGUGGACUCUUCAAAAACAAAGAGAAGAUUCUUUAUGAAGAAGACACUCUGAAGUCCCGGGAACCAGAAGAGGAGAACAAGGAAUCGAGCAGUUCCAGCUCUGAGGAAGAAGAGGAAGCCGAAGAGGAUGAGGCUUCAGAAUCAGAUGCUGAAAAGGAGGCAGAGAGAAAGAAAGAGUCCUUUGCCAACCAUUCUGGUCAUGAACCCAGGACUAGCAUCACUGAACAAAUACCACCACCAGAGCAUAAUUCCUUCACUGCAUCUCCUGCCAGAAAAUUCACCAGUUUGCUCAACAAAUCAGAGGAGCAAAAGGAUGAAUCUCCCUCAUCUUGGAGGCUUGGUCUACGGAAAACUGGCAGCCACAAUAUGCUAAGCGAAGCUGCUUCCCGGGAGGCACUGAGAGAGAGAGGUUCUUCCAUCUAUCGCUCUUCAUCGAGUCCCCGGAUUUCUGCAUUAUUAGACAACAAAGAAAAGGAUAAGGACAGCAAAAACUACUUUGCCCCAGUAGCCCCUAGAAGACUAAGCAGUACAGGUGACAUAGAAGAAAAGGAAAACAGAGAAUCUGCUGUUAACCUGGUAAGGAGUGGCUCCUACACCAGGCAGCCGUGGAGGGAUGAAGCAAAGGGAAACGAAGCCCUCCAGACUGGUGCACCUUCCACCUACGUAUCUACCUACCUGAAAAGUGCUUCAUUUGGUAGAAGUAGUGACCUCAACAGUCCCUACAUUUCAGCCAACCGUAAUACAUCUGCUACCUCACCCACUACCAUUGGUUCAUCUACCUCAUUGGGCACCCAGUGGCAACCUGCCUCUUCCUGUCCUACAUCUCUUAGUGCGAACACUACUGCAUCAAUCCGCCAGUAUACCAGAGCCCCAUACUGGAAACCAGCUGACUCUACUGUAGAGAAGAAUACAGAGAACAUCUCUGCUAGCACUCCGCUAGGUGUAAUCACAAAUCGCACUGUACUCAGCACUGCCAACGGUGUUACAUCUGCCAAUGCCACGUCAACUACUGGAACAGACUCAAAUGGAGAAGCCAGGGAGCGAAGAAGGUCGUAUCUGACUCCUGUGCGGGAUGAGGAAGCAGAAUCACUAAGGAAGGCCCGAUCCAGACAGGCCCGCCAGACUCGUAGGUCUACACAGGGUGUGACACUCACAGACCUUCAAGAGGCAGAACGAACUUUCAGCCGGUCUCGAGUGGAGCGGCAAGCUCAGGAACAACAAAGUGAGAAAUCUGAGAGCACUGAGGGCAGCAGUGAGAGACGGGAGGAGACUCGGCCCUGGUGGAAUAGAAACCAGGAUGAGGAGUCUGUCUAUCGGCGAUUAAGGUGUCCAGCACAAACAGACAAACCCAUAACACCAGUAUCUCCCUCUACAUCGUCCCCUUCUCUUUACACAAGUUCUUACCUGGCCCGGACAAGCAGAUCUCUGGGCCCUGAUUCUGUGAACCCAGCAGACUUCCAAAGCACAGCCACUGAGAUGGAGAAGAAUGAGUGUGAAGAUCAGGAUUUAGAUGAUAGAUCUCCAAACAAGCAGUCAAUCCGAGAGAGGCGGCGGCCAAAGGAGAGGCGAAGAGGCACUGGAAUCUCUUUCUGGACAAAAGAUGAUGAUGAGGUUGAUGGGAAUGAGGAAGUGAAGGAGUCUCGGCAUGAAAGACUUUCCAGGUUGGAAUCAGCAGGUACAAGCCCUACCACCAGUGACUCAUACAGUGAUCGUGCCUCCAGCCGCUCCAGCGCUUACACCAGAAGAGAGAACCGCCUGGCUUCCCUCAGCAGUAGAACAGAGGAGGAGACUAACAGGGACUAUAAAAAACUCUACGAGGGCGCGCUGUCUGAAAACCAAAAGCUGAAAUCCAAACUGCAGGAAGCCCAGCUGGAGCUGGCUGAUAUCAAAUCAAAACUGGAAAAAGCAGCUCAGCAGAAACAGGAAAAAACCUCUGACCGAUCGAGUAUGCUGGAAAUGGAGAAAAGGGGGAAACGAGCCCUGGAGCGGAGACUUUCUGAAAUGGAGGAGGAGAUGAAGGUUUUGACAGAGCUGAAGUCAGACAAUCAGAGGCUGAAAGAUGAAAAUGGAGCACUCAUCCGUGUCAUCAGCAAACUCUCCAAGUAGGAAGUCGGAGGGAAGGAAGGAAGGAGGGGCUUUUGUGCACAAGCUGCCAACCCUGCCACCCAACCCCCAACCACCUCUUACCCUCCAAUCAAAAGUACAGCAAGCCUUUCAGCUGUGGGAACAAUGCGCCUCGCACUCCCCCCAUCCCGUCCCCUCAUUGUACAUUCCCUUAGCACCCCUCUGAAUGCACCCCCCGGCCAUUUUAUUAUUUUUAAUUUAAGCAUGUCGUGGUAUCUUGGACAUUUUACUCAAGGGGAAAAGAAACAUGCAAACUGGGUUUGAGCUGCCAAAACUUCUUGCCACAAACCCAGCCUUGUCCACAUUGGACUCCAGUCAGGAGCAGAGAAGCUUCUACUGUAAUAAGUGAUACAGAAAUGACUCUGUCAAAGUGAUCCAACGGGUCCAGAACCUUUGUAGCUGGGGCGGGCGAUAUGAGCGGGAGCUGUUACGCUGAGGAUGUACGUCAGCUGCCCACUUGGCAUUGGGGAGUCCGGUUACAAUGUGAUGCUGUGAAAGCCACGAGGGCUUGUUUCUGUGACAGACUGUGAUGACAGCUGCUUUGCACGGAGACUCUGUUCUCCUAUCGUCCCAGUAGCUGACUCUAUUUAAUGUACGAUUUUAAAUCUGUUUGCUAUCUUCAUUUCUGAAUCCCAGUUUCAGACCCCCCUCUUUGCCCAUGCUUUGUUUCUGCAGCCCAGGUGAUCAUGGGUCGCUCUGUACUCCUUCCACAGUUGCUCUCAGUUACUAUCCAGGUAAUAGCAUCUGCUAAUUGCAUCUAGGCUCUCUCCUCUUGGGAUAAGAUUCGUCGCUGAUAUUGGCCGGGGUCUCUGAUGAAGGAGAAACUGAAGCAGCAGAAGUCACCUGCUGCCCUCACAUGCACAUGUAACAAAUCUGGGUGUGAAUAUCCAGCAGGGAGGUACGCAUGCACAAGUAACUAACCCCCAUCUUCUUCCACUAGCAACAGGAUGAGCAUUUGUCUGUUAGUGUUACUUACAGGAUAGCACCCUGCAAAGUACUCGGAGCAGAUGUCUGGUGUAUUUUCAUUUCCAACAAGAGCAAAAAUGAAUGAAAAUACAGGUGUAUUUUGAGCUGGUUUUAAAGGGGAUGAGGAUGGAGAGGCUGUAUUUGACUACGAAAAGGAUAGCCCGGCCUUUGAUGGCAAAUCCUAACACAGCUAAUACAGCAAGGUUGAGAAACCUUAAGCAAUGAUCAGUUGCCAGCUGCAUGUCAUUAGCGGGUUCAACUGUUUUCAUUUAAUAGCAGCCAGAAUGAGCCAGUGUGGGGUGUGUACUGGUAACCAGAUCUGUGGGGUAAACUGUUUUGAUUGCUGGAAGCUAGCAACAGGAUUUGACUUGGAUGAAAACCUCAAAGGACUUUCAUGUCCUGUGUACUUAGAACAAUUUGGAAGUGUUCACUUCCAAGGGCAUUAAGAAGGUGACUCCUCCAGAUGUUACACACAUCUCUUUCUAGCUUCCAGUGGAAGCCGGGCAUUAACUUAACACAUCUGCUGAGCUUACUGUUAGAGGACUACUUGUGGUGGGUUCAGGAAGGGAUCCUCCUUGUUUAGAGAUUGCAGUGCUGGCGUGGAUGAUGCGAGUCUAGCCACUAUGUUGACAGGGACAGAUUAGUAACUUGAACAUGGACAUUAUUCUCAUCAUUGCUCAACAGGGUAAAGUCUAACUCUGUCUUUAGCAUCUCGGUUAUUGCUUCAGCAGGUGUGGGCCUGAGGCAGAGUUUCUUAUCUCCCUUCCAUUUUUUUGUAUCCAAAACUUUGUUUUGCAUCCACCAUCCUCUCAGCUGAGCAGGAUGACAAGACCCACUUCGGAGCCUCAGUGCUACCCCUCAGUUGGCCAGUGGCAUCACUCGUGGGUGACAUGAGACACCACUUUUCCUCCUAAUGCAUUGAGUUGUUGCUACUGCAACACAUCUAGUCUGGAGGGGAAGAGAUCAGAACCAAUAAUGGCACCUCGGCCUUCUGCAUACUGCUGUCUCCGAGCCAGGGAUCCAUUUUAUUCCUUCUAGAAUUUCAUAGCAUCAGGAAUUAAAAUGGGGCAAAUGCUUAUCUGGUUAAUUCCUCACACCUUUUCCAAGCGCUGCUCUCCUCUUGUAAGCAGUUGUUCUCUGGGGUUUUCCCCAUCCCCCUGGAAUUUUCAUUUCAUGGCCCACUUCUUGCUUCAGAUUUGGACUGUUAAGUCUAGAUGUGACAGGAGCUUGCUCACUUCCUAUGUAUAUGGAGGUAGAGGUUCUACACCUGUCAGUGGGCUACUGAGAGCAAUGCCUUUCAGGUGGCUGGUAUGCUAUUACGAGUCUCUCAUCAACAUGUUUUCCAUUGGACAAGAACCACUGUCUGUUUUUUCAACCCAUUCUGCAGUAUUCCGUUCUGCACUACGAGUUUGCCACUACCUACCUGGACCAUUAAAAAGACUAAAUUCAGGGAAUCUUUCUUCUUUACUGCACUUGAUCCUAACGAAGAACUGCAAUAGGUAAUAUGGGAUGCAAGAGGCAUGAAUCUCAUGUAGUACCAUGCGAAGCCGAGACAUUUUAAAUUAGGUGUCUGUUUAGUACUAGGUUUAUCAUCCUAAUCUCUGUCUAGGUUAGAACUCAGACCAUGACUAGCCAGAGCGACAAGCGCUUCAUUGUAAUACAGUGCUGUUGUACACCAACUCGGUCAGAAUGUUCCUUGGGCUCAGUUGACCUUUGCUGACUUAUCUAUCCCACUGAGGAGAUACGAUGCGAGACACAUGGCUUUCUACGCUCAAGGCUGAGUGCAUAGAAAGCAGUUUUUAAAAAAUGUUUCCUAUUUUAAUUCAUAGCAUUUGCCAGAGAUCUCCCCUAGAAUGCACGAGAGCUUUUUCCAAGCAAUUGCUUGGGGGUGAACCCAUUUUUAUCCAAGAAACUUAUCAUAACUUGUAGCUGCAGUAGCUGAGGGACAGUUUUAAUGUGCUUCUUAAUUUAUAUAGCAGGCUUUCCUGGUAAAUUAUUUUCCCAUAACAAGCAGAAUUCACGCCUGUCUUUUUAACUGGCAGUGAAAACUAGAGAAGUGUUUCUUCUAGAUAAAAAUUGCUCUGUUUUUUUUGGCAUGCAAGGGUUAGAUUUUAGCCAGGUUGUAUGCAAGGAUGACCUAGCAUUACAGUGACUCCUAGAAUUUUCUCUGUCAAAUAGAAAUUUGGUGAGGAGGAAAAUGUGGAAGUUUAGAUCUGUGUGUUCUACACGCACUUGGGAAAGGUGGAAAGUGCAGGGUUUGUAUGAGGAUUCUGUUUAAAUUGAGAGAGGAGUCUUCUGCCUCUUACAGCUACUUCCCCACCCACAAAAGACUUACAUCAAAGCUGAACUUCAGAAAUACUCUUGCAUCGUUUGAAAUGCUUGCAUAUCUCUUAUAAAUCCUUAUGCUGCAAGCUCUGGGCAACUCUACCUUUGACUAGCUGGACCAUGGAGGUAACAAAGGACCACAGACAUAACCUGAAAGGAGGAAGAAGUGUUCUUGAGCGUGGACUCGGGUUUCAGUUUCAUUGCUCACAAAUUGCAAAACUAGGGUUUAUAGAAGUGGGAGCAGGUCUGUUAGUCAAAGGUGAGUUUUGGGUGAAAUCAAAGGCUUGCUAAGAGAUGUACCUGGGGUGUUGGAGUUUGCAAAACGUGCUCUCCACUUGCAUAGGGAAUGUAGCUAGUCUUGAAAGCUGCCAACGUGGGACGGAUUUGGAGUGAUUGACUGUAUUGGCUGGAGAUUAAGGUGGGUGUUCAUAUUUUUGAGUAAAUGUGAAUGAAUUGGAGGUCAUUGCAUGGGAGUGACCUCUGAGCUAUUAAAGGACAAAGCAUUUUUUAAAAAGAGAACAGAAGCAAAGCUGAGUCUGUAUAGGAUAGGUGUAUUGUCAGUGUGGCUUCAGUUCUGUUACACCGUAUGACUGGAGAUUUUAUCUAAUGGAUAUUGAUGUGCAACAGUAGUGACAGCAGCUCUCUGUACCAAUAUUGAUCUGCUGUGUGUUGAAGUAGUGAAUUGAUUAGUCUACAGAGCAGGCCAAAUGUGCCUCAGCCAAUCAGAGAGCAACUUAUCUGCAGUGGUGCAGGUUUUUAUAAGCAUACUGCACUCUUACGAAUAAGGUGGUUUCAGACUGGUUAAGGGUUUCUGUAUCUUUUUAGUUUUGAUCAGUGAAUGUCGGCCAUACAGAAAUCGGAUUGGCUGGCACAGUCUCCGGGUAAUUUUACAGCACUUCCAUUUCAUCACAAAGUGCUGUAGAUAGUACCCAGUUGGUUUGGGCUUUCACUAGCCAGUACAGGUCUUUCUCCCUUACAGCUGUCAGUCAUAAGACAAGACACUGGAGCAUGACCAAUAAUCAAUCAGUUGUCAAAGUGCAUGCGACACAGCUAUUGUACUACUGUCUUUGAAUUGUAAAGUGUCUGUUGGUGAAAGGUCAGUUCAGUCCCAACUCUGUUUGGAAGGACCUGAUUUAAAGGAGUCAGGAUUAUGUCCAUUGUGGAAAUGUGUCUCAGAAUGAAGUCUGCUAAUCUGGGCUAGUGACUAUUGUGCUCGAGUCUAGAUGGUGGGAAGCAAGUUAGGUCGUUUUCAAAGCCAUUCUGUACAAAGCUUGUCAAUCCAUAACACAUCUCAGCCCCCUGCAGGGGAAAGGACGUUCCAACCCUGAUUCUACCCAUCAUUCUUGGGGAUGAGCAAGCUGGUAAGAACUUCACCAUGUUUGCAUGGUUGAAGAAAUCUUGCCAUUGCUAAUAGAGGACAUUCUCCUUGCUGACUGCAAUAUCUAGGGCGAGUCUCCAGCACCCGAUAACCUAGACUUCAUCUCUGAGGGCCUUUCUUGGAUUUGUCUGAUUCGUCCAUCAGCUAGGUAGAGCCUCUAACUUCCAAGGAGUCUCAGGCCAUGCUUUGAAAUGCUGGUCAUGUUAUACAUGUGCUUUAAAGUUUCCACUUUUCUUCUUUCCUGUCCUCCUCUACCAAAUGCCAAAGGCCGUAGCUCCUAUUGUUUUUUCUAGGCUAUUGCACUGCUGAUAUGUUCAUAGUGCUUAGAUGUUAUCUCCUUCUUUCUGGCUCUGAAGGGACAGCCCGAAAAAUUCCAAGUGACCUCGCUGGGAUAAAUCAAGUGCAGAUUUGCACUGAGCCAGCAAAGGGGGUAUCCUUACCACGAUCGGGUGUUGAAAACAAAUCUAUGUCUGGGAUCUUUGUGGUGCUGAGCAGAAUUCAGAGGUGGUCCACAAAAUAUGGCUGUGUAGAAAAGGUAUGUGUUCUCAACCAUACAGACCUUCCUUAAUUCAGAGCCACCAGCAUCGGUGUUUAGGGUUGCUUAGUUUCUUAUCUUUGGCAAUAACUUACUGAAGAAAUGCUCCCUUUUGCUAGCUAGUGAUCAGGUCGUUUGAUGCAUCAGGGAGUUCUCUUGCAUAGACUUGUCCAGAGCCCAUUUCAGAGGGAGGAGGAGUUUUCUUGCCCCCAGUCUGAGGUUCACCUGCAAUUGUUCUGGGGUAAAAGGGAUCUGGUAGUGACUGAUCACUACCUGUAAAUGCAGGCUGUGGAAGGCCUCUGUCUGCCUGCUGUUGCUGUUAACAGGCUGAUAAGCCAUACUAGACUGCAGGAAGGCAAAGAGAAUGAAGACUGUCCGAGCUUUGCAGCUGUCAUUGGUGAGAGGAAUCUCUGAAGCUGGAAUUCUUGUCCGACACUUCCAAAUCAACUCUGGCUGUAUUCAUGAUCCUUUGUUUUGCAGUAGGUUCACUUUUUCCAUACUUCCAUCUUGGUUAUACCCCUUCCCUUCGGACUGUUACCAUCCAGAAGCACAGAGCAGCUCCUGAAGCAGUUUGGAAUCAGUAUUUCUCCUCAACUCUCUCUGCUUUCGCUGCCCUCUGAAAAGACGAAUUGAUGUGGGAGCUGAAGUGGGUUCUAGCUUAGAAAGUAAAAUGGCCAAAAAAAAAAAAAUUGAAAUAGGGUUGGAAAAAAUCCACAGUGCUAAUUUCCUGAAUGACUGCUUAGCUCACUGCAGUGUUUGUAGUUAGACCUAUCUUUGAGGUACUGAGGAGUCUCCAACCCCUGGGAGCAUCCCAUGAGCAGUUCAUAGAAGGCUGCGCCUGAAAUUCAGACCAGAUUUAGGGUUGAUUCUUCUUCCUCCUUCAGUCUCUUUACCAUAAAGGCCAAUCCCCUAAUUCUGCCUGGGGUGAGAAUUGGUUACUUGAUUGAUGUGGUUCUUUAAAUAGUUCCCUGGCCAAUGCUCUGGCUGCAGCAGGGCAAAACACCUGGUGAGCUUCGUUUUCUGGAGCAUAUCCUGUCGAGGAAGCCAGAUGUUUGCCAGGGAGUGUGCUUGCCCCUCGAACGCUAACCCUUGGAAGAGAUGAAUUGACUGUGGUGUUGGUGCGUCACCUUUCCAAGCAGUAAGAGUGCUGUACUUACCUUUCGUAAGGAGAGUUUUACAGUUCAUUGUAAAUACACUACUUGGAGAAAGCUUAUGAAAUGGUGGGGAAGAAUGUAUUUUUAUGCAACUUUGAGUGGCCUUUCAAACCAUGAGACGAAUGAUUUGUUUUACUGGUGGUUGUUAUAUAGUAUUAUGUGUUUGAAAGUUUGGGAAUAAUAUUCACAGCUAUAUGAUGCUUGUAAACACAACAGUAUUUAUAAAUGGAUAAAAUAAAACAGUGUUUUAACUUUU